CUGAAACUUCAGCUCUCAAAGUCGCCUGCAGCUGACACACCAUCAGACAACAACAUGUCUUACGGGUCCAUAGAUGGAGGCUCCUUUGGCAGUCGUAACCCAUUUGGGGGCCCCACAAGGCAGGGCUAUCAGCCAGUAGCCACCCAGGUCAGCCCUUCAGACCUACAAGAUGUGUUUCAAGAAGCCUCCUCCAACAUCUUCCAGAUCAACGCCAACGUUGUCACCUUGGAGAAAAAUCUUCAGUCACUGGGCACAUCUAGAGACACAGCAGAGCUGCGACAGAACCUACACUCCACUCAGCAGCAGACCAACAAAGUCAUCACUAGCACAAGUCAUCUCAUCAAACAGCUCUCUGAAAUAAUCAGCGGUUCUUCACGGCAAGAUCGUCUUCGUCUGACCAGACUGAAGACUGAACUCUCAGAUUCUGUGCAGCGCUAUGGGGAUCUUCAGAAGAAAAUUGCAGAGCGCUCAAGGGCCUUACUCCCUCCAGCACAGAAAGACAAGAAGAAGAGUCCUCAGACUCCACCCUGUGACCACAAAAUUGAGGACCCACUGUUUGGAGAAGCAGCAUGUACUGAGAAAGCAGCUCAAGCUUUCCUGUCUGAGAUCAGUGAAGAGGAUGUGGAGGUGCUUCGCCAAAGAGAGGAGGCUCUGCUUCAGAUUGAAAGAGACAUGCUGGAUGUCAGUCAAAUAAUGAAGGAUCUAGCCAGUAUGGUCCAUGAACAAGGAGACACAAUAGACAGUAUUGAGGAUUACAUUCAGACCACAUCAUCUAACGUGGACUCAGCCAACCAGGAGCUUGCCAAGGCCAAUCAGUAUCAGGUAACCAAUGAACUGCACUGUACUCUGGGACUGUUGCAGUUGGCCUGA